GCCGUGUGACAUAAUUCAGCACUGUGGAAGGUAAACAUGGCGCCUGUCGGACCUCUAGCGAGAAUCGCCAGACUGGGCUCCGGCAUCUGCAGGAACCAUCGUUUAAUCCUCAACAGGAGCCCACAGAGACGAGGAAUAGCUUCAUGUAUCGACCCUGCUCAUGGACUCACAGAUGAACAGAGGGAGUUUCAAAAAGUGGCCUUUGACUUUGCAGCCAAUGAAAUGGCCCCACACAUGGCAGAGUGGGACGAGAAGGAAACGUUUCCCGUAGAGACGAUGCGAAAAGCAGCCCAGCUGGGGUUUGGUGGGAUCUACGUUCAGCCGGAUGUCGGGGGGUCGGGUCUUUCUCGGCUGGACACGUCAGUUAUCUUUGAGGCUCUGUCCACAGGAUGUGUCAGCACCACAGCUUACAUCAGCAUCCACAACAUGUGUGCCUGGAUGAUCGACACCUUCGGCAACACUGAGCAGAGAGAGAAGUUCUGUCCUGAUCUCUGUUCGAUGGAAAAGUUUGCUUCCUAUUGUCUCACUGAACCGGGCAGUGGCAGUGAUGCUGCUUCACUUCUGACCACAGCGCAGCUGAAAGGUGACCAUUACAUCUUAAAUGGUUCGAAGGCCUUCAUCAGCGGAGGAGGAGACACCGACGUCUAUGUUGUGAUGUGCAGAACAGGAGGUAAAGGACCGAAAGGAAUCUCUUGUUUGGUGGUAGAGAAGGAAACCCCGGGCCUCAGUUUUGGCAAAAAAGAAAAGAAGGUGGGUUGGAACUCACAGCCGACCAGAGCGGUGAUAUUUGAGGAUUGCGCCGUUCCAGUGACCAACCGGCUCGGUGAGGAGGGACAAGGAUUCAGUAUCGCCAUGAAAGGCCUGAAUGGAGGCCGGAUUAAUAUUGCGUCUUGUUCUCUUGGGGCGGCACAUGCCUGCGUACAGCUAGCGAGGGAUCAUCUGUUGGUACGCAAGCAGUUUGGAGAGACGCUCUCCAACAACCAGUUUCUUCAGUUCAAACUGGCAGAAAUGGCCACCAAGUUGGUUGCAUCUCGUCUUCUGGUGCGUGAAGCUGCGACGGCGCUGCAGGAGAGCCGGUCUGAUGCAGUUUCUCUCUGCGCCAUGGCCAAGCUCUUUGCCACAGAUGAGUGUUUUAAUAUCUGCAACCAGGCUCUUCAGAUGCACGGUGGGUACGGUUACCUCAAAGACUACGCAGUGCAGCAGUUUGUCCGGGACAUCAGAGUACAUCAGAUCCUAGAAGGCACAAAUGAGGUGAUGAGGAUGAUCAUUUCCCGAAAUCUGCUGACAGAGUCAUGAUGAAUCUUUUCCCCUGGGUCUUCAAGUGACUGCAGUAGUGACCAUGUUGUUAUGGUCAUCCUCUCGGGUUUGUUACUGUGUGACUGGCGUCCUAAAAUGCCCUCUGGAUCGCAGGUUUUCUAACGCUGACAAAGGUCAUUGGAGGAUUUGGGGUAAACCAGUCAGUAAAAUGUAGGUUUUUCUAGUUUGUUUCAUUUUUAUCUACACAGGUGGCAAGGCUCUAGGGAAGGCAAUGUUGAUUCAUCAGUCUGACACUGGUCUACAGUGAAAUAUCUCAGUAACAAUUGCACAGAUUUCCAAGUAAAUGUAACACAUUUGUUGUUAAAAGAGGAUGAAUCCAAAUGAAAGCAGUGACCCCCUGGCACCAACUACACUUCUUUAUGUAUUGACUGAAUUCCAGGCUAUACUUCGAGAUGAUUGCUAAUAUAUGAAAUAAAAUAAAAUAUACAUUAGCAUUCAACAGAUCUAAUGUAUAAUUAAAGUAGACAAAGCACAUUUUAUUUAAGUACAGAAUGCAACUCAUAAACACUCACAGUGUUUGUCCGUCAUAUGAGCCAUAUGACAGCCAUGAGUCAUAUUAAAGCCAUUGUACGUAGGAACAAGAGUCUGCUGUCGUCAUAGCAGCUCUGUGAGGCUAUACUUAGGCACAGUGGUGCUUUGAGCCAUAACACCGGCCUGCUAACAUGCUCACAGUGACAACGUUAACAUACCGAUGUUAAGCAGGUGUAGCAUCUUAGUAGCAUGCCAACAUUUGCUAAUUAGCUCAAAUAACAAAGGACACCUGAGGCUGAUGGGAAUGUCAUUCGUUUUGUGGGUAUUUGGAAAAAGUGAAAUCUUGACCUGAUGGUGUGUUAUUACAAUUCAUCCUGGAGAGAGAGACAUAGAUGUGUGUAAAACAUCUCAUGGAAAUGAAUACAAUAGUAAAGAUCAACCUAAUGGUGACAGCAGAGGACAAUUAAUAUAAUCUCCAAGGUUAGUACGAUUCGUCCUCUGUGGACCAUGAAUGUCUUUACAAAAUACAAUUGUUGAGAUAUUUUAAGUGGUGGACCAACUGACCUAUUGGUAUUGCCAAUCCUAAAGCCAUACUGCUACUAUAGCUGAAAACUUGAGUUUGGGAACAAAAAGGUUGCUUCCUGUGAAGAUGCCAGUGUGGAUAUACUGUAGUCUUGUUUUUCUAUAAAGCUGCUCUUUACCUUACCUCUUCUAACAGUUUCAAUUUGUGAAAAGAUGUCUGUUUUUCCCCCCCAUUCAUUUAAACACCAACAUCAGUGUUAAUAAAGGAUAUGGUGGUUCUACUGUACAUCACACAUCUAUAUCACAUGCAGUCUAAGCAUCUCUGCCCAUUAAGUGGCCUUCAGAUCUUAUUUUUCUUCUUACCCUGUUGUGUCUUCUGUAGUGUGUAAAAUGGCCACAGACAAAAACAUGCUGUGUGCUACAUUUAAAAAUAUAUGGGUGGUGUAUUGUGGUUUAAAAUGUCACUUUGCAAAUUAUGUUUCUGAUCACACUCCAAAUAAAAUAACCUCAGCUUGCAUAAAAAGAA